GACGUCAUUAAUGCUUGCCAAAACACCAUAAAGUUGUGUAAAUGCCUGUUUGACCUUUCUUAUCAAGCCAGUGUAUCUAGCUAACGGCAAUGAACAUGUCUCUACUACGCGUAUGUGCUUCUACAUCGAUUCUUCGUGCGACCAAAGGGUUAUUCAUGGAGUCUGCUUUUACAGGAUGCUUGCGGACAGCAAGUGGAGCAGCUAAGGACAAGGAGCCACUGCGCAAGGCCAAAACCCCCCAGGGCCGCUUUGACAUGAAUGAUGAGAAGAUAAAGGAUCCCCUUGAAAAGUUCCCUGAUGAUGUGAACCCAGCCACUAAGGAGCAGGGGGGGCCCCGAGGCCCAGAACCCACGCGCUACGGGGACUGGGAGAGGAAGGGCCGCUGUGUCGACUUCUAGUUUCCAUUCCUGGUAUAUUACACAUGCGAUGUGGACAUAUCUUAUCUAUAACUUAUGCAUCCAUGUCUGAGGAUUGUUGUGCAAGAGACCAGGAUUAGUACACCAUACUGAAUCAGUCUGGACUAUUUCCCCAUGAACCAUACAAUCUGAUUUGUAGUUUCACAUUUAGACACAUGUAGUCUGUAGAACAGUCUCACUUACUUUUUAUGGUGCAAUACUCACUUUGCACACCAUUGUCUUUGUUGAGAUGUAUGAUGAUGAGACAUGAUGACCUAGUGAACAAUAAAGGCUGCUGAGGGAGGAUGGCUCUUAAUGGCUGAAAUGAAGUGAAUGGAAUGACAACCCCCCCCCCCC